ACCCCACCCGUUCCAAGCGGAACAGCAGCGGCGCCCUGGCACUAUAAAAACCCGCAACCACAAUCCUGGGAGCCCGAAGAAGCUCAACCACAGGUGUAUCCGUCUGUUCAGCAAUCAUGAAGGCAGUAGCUCUGAUCCUUGCUCUGGCAGUCAUCACUGGCUGCAAUGGCCGUGCUGUGCCCCAGCCUGAUACCACCAUGACCCGCCUGGAGAGGAGUGUGGACCGAUUCCUGCAGUACAUCACAGAGAUGAACCAACAAGCCGAUGGAAUCCUGGAGAACCUCAGAAUCCCUCAGCUCAGUAGGGAGUUGGAAACUAUGAUCACUGACACCAUGGGUGAGCUAGCAACAUACAGAGAUGAGAUUAACAGCAAGCUGGCCCCCUACACUUCAGGCCCCACUGGCCAGAUCUCUGAGGACCUGCAGCUUCUGGCUAACAAACUGCAGAAGGACAUGACAGAUGCCAAGGAGCGCAGCGCUGAGUACCUGAACGAGCUCAAAACCAUGGUUGAGCAGAACACAGAUGACGUCCGUGGUCGCGUCACCACCUACACCAACAAGCUGAGGAAGCGCCUGACCAAAGAUACUGAAGAGAUCAAAGAAACUGUGGCCACCUACAUGGGUGAGGUCCAGUCCCGCACCAACCAGAACCUGGAUGCCAUGAAGGAGAACGUUGAGCCCUACGUCCAGCAGGCCAGUGACGCUGCCACUCAGAAGCUGAAAGACAUCUCCACUAUGCUGGAGACCCAGGCUGAGACCAUCAAGACCCAGCUGGAAAGCAGCAUGAAGGAGCUUAGCACCUCUGUAGACAGCAAGCUGGAGGAGUUAACGGACCUGCUGUCCCCAUAUGCCACACAGGUCCGCGAACACCUUGAGAACGUCAUGCAGAAGGUCAAGGACACCGCCAUUGCGUAAAGAAAAGUGUUUUUUUAAGUUGUAAAUGAUUGCUGGCAUUAGAAGAAGGAAUGAUUUGUUUAUAUUUUGAUAAAGAAGGAAAAGGAGGAUGAUGGAAGUUACUUAUUAGGUACAUUUCCACUUCAAGAUAGAGGAAGAUAAUCUCCCUUCGUUAUUCUCUUCUCCACUCCUUUUACACCGAAUGCAAGCAUCUCAGUCACAAACAGUAUGUCUUACAGAAAACAGGAGACAAAUACUUUUUAAUGUUUUGCUUUUUCUACUUUACCACUGUUUAUCUUCAUUAGUUUUGCAUUCAAAGCAUUUUUCCUAUUUUUUUUUUUUUUUUUUACAUUUUGCUGCUGGGUUUGAAUGCAACAAACACAACUGUCUUUCAUUUCAAUAAGUGCACUGAAUAAAUGUUGGAUUCACACACAGCAAAUUGUCUGCUAAUUUCUUUGCACACAGGCAGUAAUGAAUCACCAAUGUCUAACUCUGACUACAUGCAUAGCUGACAAUCUUAUUCCACCACCGUUGUACCAAAGCAAUCCUUUUUCUUUUACAUGAUGUAAGCCCACCAUGCUGCUCUCUGUCAGUGUAACCUCUAAGUUUAAGUGAAUAAAGAAUACAGAAAAGA